AUGAAUUUAUUAACUAUAAAUUUUUUUACUUUAUUCUUCGGAAUUAUUAUUUUGACAAUUAAUGGAUGUCGACUUGGAAGUAAUGGAUUUUUUGGAAAAAAACAAUCACUUUUGGUAAUAAACCUUGGUGUUGAUCCAUUUUUUAAGAUGUCAGCUUUAUGUGUACAAGCAAGUGUUUAUCAAAACUUGCUAAGAAUGAAUAAACAACGCAUGGGUAUGAAUCCUAAACUCAAUGCUAAAUUAUUAAUGGAGAUGACCGCGUUUGCUAAUAACAAUAUUGGUCCAAGAAUUAUAAUGCAACUUUGUACCCAAUGUGGAACACCGUGUGGAAUGCAGACAAAACUUAAAUUUAUUGGAGACCCAAUACUAGGACAAGGUAGUUUACGUCGUCGAGGUAGUCUCACAAUGAGUCAGCGUAGACAAAAUGUAUUUGAUAAUGCAAUUCAUGAGGGUACUUACGGUAGUAUUCGACGUGGUAGUAUGGGUAGUAUGCGACGUGGUAGUAUUGGUAGUGGUGGUGGUAGUUUUCGUAAUAGACCUGGUAGUUUUCGAAAUGGUGGUCCAAUACAACAUAGUGCUAGCGUAAGAGCGCGUCAAAGAGCAGCACUUGCUAAUGCACGUCCGGAUAGUGAUGAAUAUUAA